AAUAGCCCCUCCCAAGGGACACCGGGUGACUAGUGAUGAAGAGACUAGUCAACUAGAUAUUGACAUUGGAAAAUAGAAAUAAAGUAAGACAAGUGGUAGGUAGUGACAAAAAGGAGAUAGAACUCAGUAGCUGUACUUCCCCCAGCAUUAUAGCUUCUAGUGCAGCUUAGACUGAACUGUGAGUGUAGUCCGACUUCAACUAGCCUGACCAUAAGCUUUGUCGAAUAGGAACGUUUUUAGUCUAAUCUUAAAUGUGCAGACUGUCUUGGCUUCUUUAAUACUAGCUGGAAGCCGAUUCCAUAAAACAGGGGCUUGGUGGCUAAAGGCUCUAGCUCCGGCAGUACUUUUAGAAACCCUGGGAACUACCAGUAGACCUGCAUUCUGAGAGCCAAGUGCUCUGUUGGGGGGGUAUAGAACCCGAGCAUCGGUGAGAUAAGAUGGCCCCAACCCAUUAAUGGUCUUAUAUGUAAGAAGGAGGAUUUUAAAUUUAAUUCUAAACUCGACUGGAAGCCAGUGAAGGGCCUGGAGUGCAGGGGUGAUAUGCUCUCUUCUAUUAGUUCCUGUUAAAAGUCUUGCUGCUGCGUCUUGGACUAGCUGAAGACCUUUUAGAGAACUUUUAGGACAAGCUGCAAGUAGGGAGUUACAGUAAUCCAAUCUAGAUGUCACAUAGGCGUGAAUUAAUUUUUCUGCAUCGUUUUUAGAUAAAAUAUUUCUAAUUUUGGCUAUGUUGCGCAGGUGAAAAAAGGCCGUUCUGCAGGUUUGUUUAAUAUGAGACUUAAACGAUAAGUCUGGGUGAAAUAGAACUCCUAAGUUUUUAACUGUGGUGCUGGAGGCUACACUUACAUUGUCCAGAGUGACUAUCUGGGCAGUUUAAGGUGUCUCUCACACUUUUCGGGCCUAUUAUAAGGACUUCUGUCUUUUCACGGUUAAGUAGAAGAUAGUUAGUGCUCAUCCAGGUAUUUACAUCUCGGACGCAGGUGCUUAAUUUAUCCACUUGCUUGAUCUGCUCAGGUUUAAUUGAUAAAUACAGUUGUGUGUCAUCAGCGUAACAAUGAAAGUUAAUGCUAUGUUUUCUGAUGAUAUUACCUAGAGGAAGCAUAUACAGCGUAAACAAGAUGGGCCCGAGGACCGACCCUUGCGGCACACCAUAACUAACUCUAGAGUACGGUGAUGAUUGCUGGUUUACAUUGACAAACUGGUACCUAUUAGAUAAAUAUGAUUUAAACCAGCAGAGGGCUGCUCAUCUAACGACUACGUCACAUUCUAGUCUCUGCAAUAAGAUAUUAUGGUCGAUUGUGUCAAAGGCUGCACUCAGCGACGCGGUGCAUUCAGGUACAGCACGCAAAACACAUCUGCCACAUUAGAAUUCGUAGAUUCGUUAAAUUAUUACAGGAAUUAUUAAUCAAUAAUUUAUUUGUUUUGCUACGUGUAAUUGCCAUUUGUAAUAGUACCAGCAGUGUUUAUUAAGGAUUUAGUGUAAGUUGUUGGGCUGUGGAACGAAUUAAUGCAAUCACCAGUAGGUAGAUGUUGAGAUAGUGUAAAGCGCUUUGAGCGCCUUGAAAGGUGGAAAAGCGCUAUAUAAGUAUAACACCAUUUACCAUUUAUAACGUAUUCUUAUGGUAAAUCCUGCUCGACAUACGACCAUUUCGACCGUUCCAGGACGAUUUAACUUCUUAUAUAGAGGUACCACUGUAUAUCAGCUUUCACUAGGUUUCACCAACUAGCGGAGUUAAAAAAAAAAAAUAAUAAAUAAUAGUAAAGCAUGAAAUUUGGGGGUGAUCAUCACACUAUGUAGUGAAUUUCUUUAAUGUGAUUGAUUUUGUGUUAUAAAUUUCACAUUUGAAGUGAUACCUAGCAGGUUUUAGCAUGACUUGUUUCAAUGUAAUAAAUUUAGGAUUCCAACACCAAACUAGGCCUGCAAGCAGGACUGAACGGGCCCUCGCAAUCUAGCGCAACUCGGACGUCACGCAACUCGGACAGUGUGCAGGUCAGGGUGGUGGCAGAUCGUCCUCUCUAAUCAUUGCAUUGGAACCUAACAUGCUCGAAAGUCGCCCAUUUACAUUCACACACCUAAGAGAUAAAAACCCCUAUUGGAGAGAGUUCUACAAAAAAGGAUCGUCACGGCAAAAGACAGAGACAUGUGGGCAUGGGCCGUAAAAUAAGUAUUUCAAAAGGUCUUGAAACUACGAUGACCAACCUGAAAAGAACUGGACAUGUAUUGGAAAAACGACUGACUUUCUAUUGCCACUAGUUGGCGCUGUAGGGUUGAUGCAAAUGACCCCUACAGGACCCUUCAGAGUAUGACUCAACAAGCACGUGAUAUUUGGCGCAGAUAUGUUAUAGAAGUUAUGACUGUUUAAAACUUGUGGUGAGACGAAAUGGCUUCAGUCAUUUUUGUUGAGAGAAACGGUGGAGGAAAUGUUUUGUAUUCAUAAAUGUGUCCUCAGUUGAUGUUGAAAUAAUGUUCCUAUUGCCUAUUAUUAUUGACAUAUUAUCUUUUCGCCACAAGAUGGCAGAAUGGGACAUAAUUGUCUAAAGUGCUACUUUUAUUACUUGUUUGACUUUGAUGACUUUGAUUUGUGGGAUUGCCUGUGAAGACAGCAAUGAGAGAGGAUGUAUCCGCAUGUCAAUGGAAAUUAAAUACGCCGAGUUUUGGCUAAAAGACAACUUAUUCUCAGUCAAUUCUUCCUACGAAUGCAACGUUGAGCUGCAACCACCUCAACAAUUUUCACUUCUCCUGUUGGACUCUUCUGCUUCAACCAAACCUCAGUAUUUUUCAUCAGGCAUCUGAACACAUGUCUUAUGGCUCCCCUGAUGCAGGUUUCAGAAGACUGCGUCAUCUACUCCGGCACCAGAAAAGAAAUUAUCACAGAUCAAGGCAACAACAAAGGGUCAAAGCAAAGUGCCUCAAGCUGCUGGAAUUCUACUGGAAAAUAGAUUUACGCCACUCUCCGAGACUCCUGAACCCGGGAAAGUUGGAACACCCAGCUCGAAAGAGAGAUUCUAAUUCACUGCCAUUGGACAUCUAUUGCCGUCAAGUGAGUUAAGUCCUGCUUUUCUCCUCUCACACCCCAUUCUGAUCCUCAGCCACAAUCACUCCCCAUCCCUGCCUGCCUCUUUUCUCCUCUCUCCUCCCCCUGAGCAACAAAAAGACACAUGAGAGCGACGUGUGCGUGAGGGGGGAGAGUGAACAAGCGAGCGAGAAGCCACAACAGCUUGAGGAGCCGCUGACGCGCUCCAGUUUCCCUUGACAGGAGGAGGAACAUUUUACUUGACGAUUGAAGUGAACAAAAAGUGGAAGUUUUCAAGUUGUGAGACUUUCCCUGCUCAACUAUAAAAGCAUCCACGCUGAUUGGAGGCAGGACUGAACAGGGGCUGCCAGGAUUGUGCAAGGUCGGCCUAAGCAGCACUGAUGGCUUCUUGGCGUGGGCUCCGCCAUCAGAGGAGACGCUCACCCGGGAGCUCCCGCGCACUGUGACCACGAGGCGUUCCAAGAUGACGCGCCGGCACGGACGGACCAGCCUCCGCGCGUCAUCCGGUGGGACCCGAUGGAGGAAUCGGAGGAAGGAGAGACUAGAGACAACCUCUGUGAUGUCAGCAAAGGUGCUGCUUUGGGUGCUCCUGUUUCUGCUGCCUCUGGCUGACGGAGCUCACAUUGAAGACGGCGAUUCCGCUGCGGGACUGGAUUUGGGUCACGCGGCGCCAUUGUUGGAGGGCCAAGAGGAGCAACAAGUUGUCACGCUGUCAGAGGAGCAGGAAGACUACAUGUACUCUCCGUGGCAUCAUCUAUAUGACCCUUUCGUCACAGACGAAGCGGACGAUGAUCCCAGCUCUCGCUUGAUUGUCCGCGCGCCGCGUUCCUUGGACGCCUCCGAACUUCAACCAAAGAAAAAAAAGCGAAAGAAGACGGGAAAAGAUGAAACAAGCGAGAAGGGAGAAAGAAAAUCCCGUAGUAAAAACAAGCAAAGCAAGCAGAGCAGCAAGGACUGCCAUGUUGAGAAGCGAGAGAUGAAAGUUCGCGAUCUGGGAUUGGGCUUCGACUCGGACGAGAUCAUCCUUUUCAAGUUUUGCGUGGGCUCCUGCCAGUCUUCCAGGACUAACUAUGACUUGGCGCUGAAAACUUUACUGAAGAACGGCUCGCUGCCACGACGUACGGCCCGCAAGGUCAGCACCCACCCGUGUUGCAGACCCGAACGCUAUGAACCAGUUUCUUUCAUGGACGCUCAGACCACGUGGAGGACCAUCACAUCCUUAUCGGCUGCUAGCUGCAUUUGUAUGGGCUGAAGAAGACAAAUGAGACUGAGCAGGAAAAAAAAAAAUUUUUUUUUUAGGGUGAGCUCUAGGCCAGUGUUUCCCAACCUUUAUUGAGCCAGAGCACCAAUCCUAGGUGCCACAAAAAGUGGAUGCACAGGUCAGGCAUGUAGCCUCUGCCAUCUAGUGGAAGAUUGUGUAAUUGUUCUGCCUGUCACUAAACAUCAUGCAGUAGAAUCUACAAUUUACUGUACCCCAAUUUGAUCUUUGCCAGCCACUCCCAGUCGUAAUAAAUUGGACGUAUCACCGUUAAUUGGCGUUUUAACUCUUUUUAAGGCACUCAUUAACAUCAGUGACUGCGCAGGACGUCAAAUCUAUUUUGACUGGGAGACACUGCCGGUGAAUGAUCUGUCAGUUUGACACACUUGCAGUUGAUAGAUGAAGAAAAAUUCAUUAUUCACAAAAAAGAAAAAAAAACGACCAAUUUGGUCAUCUUCAAUCUUUUCUAUUGCAAAACCCUCUCAUAACACACUGGUUGGGAAUCACAGGGCUAGCAGGCAAAGGUCACAAUCAGAGAUUUUGAAAUGGUUUGGACGUCUAUUGCCGUCAAUGGCACUUUUUCCUGUUGUGAACCAAAAUCUGGACACCGUUAACGUGACUCACGAGACCGCACGCGCACGGUUUAUAAUGGAAAACAAGCAAACAGACGGAGGUUAAAAGUUCAAUAUUUACCACUCACAGCAAUGCCGGCUCAACUCUUCCCAGAAGUUCAAUAACAAGUAAAUGGGUUCAACGUUCAAGUGAGCUCUGCCAAAUGGAUGCCAUGCAUCUUCACGUAUUACUGUAUAAAAGUAAAAUAUAUUUAUUUCUGAUAAAUUAUUUAUUUAUUAUAGCUUUGUAUGAGAGCUGUUUUAUUCCACUCUGUAUCGUAGAUGUAUAUCUAUUUAUUGCCAAAAGUCUGAUUUCAUGUUAUUUGUAUUCUGGCCCCUAUACGUAAUGUACAUAAUUCAUAAAGGUGCUGAAAUCCAACGCCUUAAAUAAGGAAAAGAGUAGAUGCGCACGGGUUCACCUCUGGAUAUGUUUUAGUAAAAAAAAAAAAAAAAAAAAAAAAAAAAACACCUUGAUAAAAACUUCACCUCAAACUGACGUCCAGUGGAAUGACAUUGUGUGCAUAAUAAAUAUCAUUGCUAAAAGUAUCCCACACACUUGAGCCUGAUGAUUGCAAUGGGAUCAUGACAUUAAGUUACAUCAUUAUAAAGAGAGCACAGCAUCCAUCUGUAGCGAUACAAUGCAAUAUAUUUGCAGUCUAAAUUGUAAUGUAUGGAAUUGACUGUCAAACAAAAAUUAGGGCGGGAUAGAUUUUCAGUUAUAGCUUUUCCACUCUAUACUGAUAAGUUAGACUCCUGCCUUUGGCUAAAAAAACCCCAUCAAUUCCUUCCAGUCCAUGUCACUGACAGAGCCCUUGUUCUUUAGACAACUUUUAUUGAAAUUAUUAAUAAUAAUAAUUACACAGAAUUUAUCACUUUUGAAAUGUGAAACUUUUCACAUUGUAAUGCAAGUUUGACUUUUUUCCCUCUAGUGUGGCAUCAAUACACUUCCUUAAUUUUGUACUGUAGUGUGUUCUUUGGCUGCCCUACUUCUAGUGUGUGUAUUUUAUUUUAUUGUUUUAUGUCCAGUCACAUAAAACAACUGCCGUGGCGCAGUUGAUAGCUGGAGUUGUCCUUGGACCAAACGGUCAGUGGUACAAUUCCCGGCUGGGACUGCCCACUGUCGAAGUGCCCUUGGGCAAGGCACUGAACCCUGAUUUGCCUCCAAUGGGUUGACAGCGCCUUGCAUGGCAGCAGCCCCAUUGGUGCGUGAAUGGGUAAAUGUGUGCUAAUGUAAAGCGCUUUGGGCAUGGUAGCCACGCAGAUAAAUGCGCUAUAAGUACUGUCCACCACCACCACCACAUUUCACCGGUGGUGGAUGAAGUACUCAAUUUUUUACUUAAGUAAAACUACAGAUACAGGGGUAAAAAACUAAAAAUACAACUAUCUAAGAAAAAAAUUUACUCUAGUAAAAGUACAAAAGUAUUUGCUUUAAAAUUUACAAGUAAAAAGUGAAAGUAUUUUCUCUCAAUGCCAAAAUGUGAUAUAUAUUUUAAAUAUAUAUUAUACAACCCUGCAGAAUGGGAAAAAAAAUAAUAAAAUUGACUGCACUGCAAACUGAAGCUUAAAGUGACUGUGACAGCAUAAAAAAAAUCUUAAAUAGCAUUAUUAUGUGGAUUAGAAUCAUAUUUUGAGACAAUUCGACUACAAACAACAAUUUGGCAAAGCACAGAUGACAAGAAAUUAGUCUUUUAACCUGCCGUUUAGCCCCGCCUGUCAUUACAGCACUCUAGCGUCCCCAGCUGGAGGAUGAUGUAGGCAGGGUCACAAUUUCAUCUGAUUUAGAAUUCAGCCCAUUGAUGAGGAAGAUUCAGAAAUGCGACAGAGAGCAGCAAAAUGUCAUCAUUGUUUCAAUCUUUCUACUCCAAUAUUUUUACAGAAUAUUCUUUUUAUCUAAGUAUUUUUCCCCAAUUGCUAAAUAAACGGUAUGGUAAAGACAAAUAACAGUCUUGCGCAAAAUGGAAUAUGAAACAUUAAUAAUACAUUUAUUCAGUACGACAGGGCAAAAUUAUUGCAUAAUGGUAAAAGCUGCCGACUUUUUCCUCUUCCAAACGGUAUUUUAUGCCACCUGUGUUAGUCUGGCUUUUUGUCAUUUCCCUGUCCCGGCUUCGGAGACGGAGGAAAGAGCGUGAACAACGGCGGGUUGGCAGUACUCGUCGCCGGGAAUGAACACUGAAAAUAGGCAUUCUCAGUGGACAAACCGGCCGACGUUGGAGCGGGGAGCUGCUCGUCGCCAAGCCGAGGAAAGCGUGUUCUCGGCGGGCACACUGUUCGGCCGGCGACCAUGGUGUGCGACAAGCCGCCGGUCAUCAGCCAUGUGGCCUUCUCGGUGGUUUGUCCCCCACAAAAUGCAAGCCCCCUCCUAAUUAAAAUGUUUUCCAUGAUCCUAGUAUUUGACAUAAUAUAAAACACGAAGCUUACUCACUUCCUUGUUGUCUGACUUGUUUUGCCCAUCGCGGAGAACAAGAAUCUUCUGGAAAUCCAAAAAGCCUCACACCACUCUCCCUGGUGCAGCAACAAAAGCCUGCAGCAUAUUGGGCUGGUGUGAUGCGAAAAAUAAACUAAUUAAUCUGCAAAAUCAACUGACUCCGCAGUCCAUCUGCAUGCUAUAAAGCAGUGGCUGUGUUGUGACAUGGUGACCUGGGUGACGUCACAUUCGCAUUCUUCCUCAACCCAAGACUGGAGCUGAAAGUCACUUAUUUUCAUGGCGUGGAAUUUAAAAAAUUGAAUAAAUAAAUCGAUUGCUUUCACACACAUCCAAGCAGUCCCUUCAAUUUAGGAGCAUAAAACACCGCGUGAAAUAUGAAAUAGACAUGCUUUUUGCUGUCUUAGGCACUUUAAGAAGCUCAAAAACCUCCAAAACUUAUCUCAAUAGUGGAUUGCAAGCAAUUAUAAGGUGCAUACCCCCACCUACUGUACAAGACUGGCUGCACCCAUUUGAAGGCGCGCCGCUCUCACUGUUGUUUUUUAUUGGUCAAUUUCCUGUUCACCUGCCUAACCUUGCUUGUACUCGUGUUGCUCCCUCUAGUGCUCAAUCACGGUAUAGUUACACUGGGCUUAUUGAUUGCAUGGAGGGAUGAAUAUGAAACUAUCAAUUCACAAUAAGAGAAGAACAAACAAAAAAUGCAAUAGUUGUAAUGAGUUCAUUUUGCCUACACUUAUAGAUUAGUCAAUUUUUUUCUUUUAUCCCAGACAAUAGUCGGUGAUUUAAUUACCUGACAUGUUUCGGCGAACACUUCCGCCUUCGUCAGACGGUCACUGGUGUUUGGUGUGACGCGUCUUCAUCAGCUCAUGGAUCACACAUUGAGUCAUCCGUGCCGAGGAAAACAAACAUCAGCGCUGGAUCAGGGAGGCCAUUCACAAGCGGGGCUCGAGGACCAUCAACAGGGAUGAGGGGGCCUACGACCUGGACCAGCCAGUGGCGCCUCCAGAAAUUUUUCAUAGGGGUGGCCAGAUGGGGCCACUUAAAUCUUGGGGUGGCACACCAAAACUAAAAGCCAUAAUUUCAGGUUUUCAUGAUAUUAUUGCA